GCACCUGAAAUCGGCAUUUGCCCGGAGCAUUCCCACGAUCGCCUCGUAGUGGAUGUCGUCGUCACCCACGUCGUGAGCCUGGGGCCCGUGGCCGGCAGACCUGGCCAAGCAGUAUAUGCCCAGCCGUCCUGAGCCUAUAAACCCUGCAGCCGGGUCUUCAGUCUUCACGCUUGAGCUAGCUUUCACAAGACAAAACAAGAACACAACUGCAGUGUAAGUAGCGCUACGCGGCCGGGGAGAGAUAGGGAAAGCGGGAAGCAAGGACGAUGGCGUCUCUGCUCAGCCUGUACGGCGGCGACGCCGCCGGCGGUCGGAGGAGGAUGAGCCGAGGUAGCGGCACGGCGCCGGCGCCGGUGAGGCGUCUGCUGAGGAGGCUGAGGUCCAGCUUCAUCAGACGGAGCGCGGCGCGGCCGAGGACGAGGGCGGCGGCGAGGUUCGCCUACGACCUGCGCAGCUACUCCCAGAACUUCGACGACGGCGUCAUUUCGUCGUCAGCUCCGGCGGCCACGGCUCGUGCGUAGCUGCGACUCCAGGAGGAUUCUGCUUCUUCUGUGUAGUAACAAGUAACUGUAGCCAAGAUGUUAGCUACUAGCUAGUGUGGUUUAGUGCUAGUGCUUCCUCACUGAGCUAGAGACUCAUAAUCGAGUCCAGUGUUAAUUUCUUGUGAUUAGCUAUCUCAUCCAGUUAUUGUGUAUAUAUGGAAGUUACUUUGUCUGUUUUUUUCCCUUC